GCCGUGCUGCUAUGGCCGUGGACUCUCCGCUGGUUCCUGUGGACUGGAAACGGGCUCCGUGUGCACCGACAGCGGCAGACGACAGACGCGGCGGCUCGGUGCUUGGAAGCCGGCCUUAAACCGGACCCUCUGACGGUGUUUCCUGCGGCGGUUCCGUGGGCGUGUCCUGAGGCGUGUGUGCGUUGUGGCGGUGCGGUGGGGCGGCCUCGCUGCCUCUGCCUCCAGAUGAAUGAAGAACACACCGGGACCCAGAGACACAGCUGAUACAGGACAUGCAGGUGUUUCUGCAAAUAUGAUGAAGAAGAAGAAUCCCCACAAGAAACAUAAGAGCAGUUUGGGUCCGACCACCAAAGUCCUGUCGCAGCCUCGGCGUAACAUCGUCGGCUGCAGGAUCCAACAUGUGUGGAAGGAGGGCGGAGGUCACGUGGUGUGGAAGGGCACCGUGCUGGACCAGGUGCCGGUGAAUCCGUCUCUGUACCUGAUCAAAUACGACGGCUUUGACUGCGUUUACGGCCUGGAGCUGCACAAGGAUGAGAGGGUCCAGAGUCUGGAGGUCCUGCCCGACAGACUGGCGAAGUCGCGUCUGACGGACGUGAACUUGGCCGACGCCAUGAUCGGGAAGGCGGUGGAACACAUGUUUGAGACGGAGGAGGGUCCGAAGGAGGAGUGGAGGGGCAUGGUUCUGGCCCGAGCCCCCAUCAUGACCACCUGGUUCUACAUCACCUACGAGAAAGACCCGGUUCUGUACAUGUACCAGCUGUUGGACGACUACAAGGAAGGAGACCUGCGCAUCAUGCCUGACUCUAACGACAGCGUCCCUGCGGAGCGUGAGCCUGGUGAGGUGGUGGACAGUCUGGUGGGAAAACAGGUGGAAUACGCCAAAGAAGACGGCGGCAAACGGACGGGCAUGGUCAUCCACCAGGUGGAGGCCAAACCCUCCGUUUACUUCAUCAAGUUCGACGACGACUUCCUCAUUUACGUCUACGAUCUGGUCAAAACUUCGUAAGGCUCCGUCGACAUCCCCAAGCCCCGCCCCCUUAAAGACAUAAACUGACUGAAGCAUCUGAUCAGCAUCAGAACAUCACAGACU